UUUCAACUGCCAUUCACACUUUGUGAAACCAAAACAUGUGCCGCUCUUGCUCUUAUAGAAAACAUUUGUAAAUAAUGCCGACGCCAGUAAAUAAUAAACCCAAUGAAUCAACAAUAAGAGUGCCCUUUGAUACACCAAAAUAUGCAGAGAUUGCAUACCGGGUGCUAAGUGUUGAUCAAGAACCACGACGCAAUUUUGUGCAGAAGACGCUCAGCUUGGAGAGCGAUGUGCUAGUGGUGCACUUUAAAGCCGACCAAGUAAAGAAUCUGCGAACAGCCAUAACGUCAUUCUUUGAAUGUCUGCUGCUUUGUCAGGACACAAUAAAGCAAUUUGGUGAAACAGAGGAAAACAAUGCCGGAACACAGUCCAGCACCGACACCGCAUAGAGCUAUCUAUGGCUUUGCGUUUUAUA